AUGGAGAAUGAAAUCGACGAACUGUUUCUUGGCUCUAAGAAUGAUGCAAUCGACAAAGAUAAAAUCACGAACCUGGAUGCAUGCAUGAACGAAAUGCCAAUGCUGUAUCCAAAUCUCAGGCAUGUUGAUGAGAAGUGCAAGAUGAUAUAUUCAAGUCUUGAGCUGUACACAAUCAAGCUAGAGUCGCUUUCAAACGAGUUGAAGGAGAUCGAGGACGAAAAUAUGAAGCUAGAAAACGAAAUUCUAUACCAAACACAGAUAUACGAGCAUCUAAAAGAAUUGCUAUACAGCGUAGAGAUAAAGGAAGAGCAUUUCAUAGCACUUGAAGCGGAGUCUUUUGACAGCAUCGAUGGAAUCUGUAAAAUUGAGCGAGCAUUGGAUGCAUUGAAUGAGCUUGAUGUUGAAAAAUACACCAUUAGGAUAGUACGCGAAAAGAAAGAGCGGAUAAAUGAUGCACUUCGAAAGUUUUACAAGCGGUUUGUAGCAUACAUGGGAAAGUUCAUGGCGGGCAACGAACAUGCUCACCAGCUGAAGGUUCACAAGGGCUUGUACGGCAUAAUAAAAAGGUUCAAGAAGAUAAUUGAAUAUUCACGUGAUCAAAAAGAUUACUAUGUAGUAGUAUGCUCGAUGUAUAUGGCACAUUCGAGAAAACUGUAUGAGCGAGAAGUGGAUGCACACAUGAAGACUGUGUUCCGAUUGAUCAAGGACAGUCCAACUCAGGAGAAGGUCAGCGAUACGCUUCAGACGUUUGUAGACUCAUAUAGAAGUAUCAUCCAAUGUGAGAUGCGCUUCAUUGAGAGCAUGGGACUUGAGGGAGAUGCCUCUGCAAUAUUCAAUGAUGUAUGGGUGAUUGUGGAAGAGUUUGUUGAGAAUGUGUAUGAGCUUCUGAGUAUUGAGACACUGAAUGGACUAGGACUAUGCUGGAGAGAAGUGGAUGAAGUGGAGGAAAGCGUAUAUUUUUGCUUCCAGAAGGAUCUUAGAAAGAUGUAUGAGAGAAUGGAGGAAGAGUAUCUGUGCAAGGAGGUGCAGAGAGGAGAUCUACGAGUUGAGAAACUUGAAAGGAUUCUGCGUAGCUCAAGUAAUACAGAACUGAGGAUUAAGGCUGCAGUAUUGGGAAUGAGCAGGAUAUUGGAAAAGAGCAGCUCUAAGGGACUUGACGAAGCAAUCAGGAAGUGGAAGAUUGUUACCAAGGUGCAGGUGGCAUGCGGAGUUGAUGUGAGUGAGAUAAACAAAGCAGAGCAGAAAGUAAGGACAGAGUUUGAGAGGUAUUGCAUGGACUUUAUACUUGGAGAAGGGAAUGCAGUGAGUAAUACAAAAAAGGUUGUGGCUGCAGUAGGCGAAGACAAAGUGUUUAAAGCAAAGAUGGUAAAGAUGAUGCAGGAAAUGAUGUCUUCCAGAAAUGCAGAAGGAGGGCUUAGAGAACCUGCUGAGGUUAUUGAAUACCUGAGCAAUGCAUAA